AUUUUUACGCCUCCAUGCUAUACAAUAGCUAUUUACUUUUCUAUCCUCUGAUAGUAAAAGGUAGCGGCCUGCAGUGAAAAGUGAAUUUUAGCCGACAUAGAGAGAGCCUCCGCGUGUUUUUUCAGAUGCCAAGUUUUCGUCGUAAAACAGCCAAAAGCAGAUCUGCUCCUCAAGCUCGAGAUUUUGUGCGGUUUUCCAGAUCCUCUUGAGAAACACAUGGCCAGCAGUGCGUGGCUUCGAAUUUCCCUGCUUCUCCUAAUGCGCGACGUUGAUGGUUAUUGACACGAGACAACUGCUCCCAGACAGGAAGGCCCGUGGGGGUGGUUUCUCCCUUGCACGCUCCAUUUGAAGCAAAACUGGCGAUAAAUCAGCCCCAGGGGAGAGACUUAAAUUGUUAAGAGAUAUGCAUUUCCAUGUUUCACAAUGCCGUGGAGAAAUUUAGUGUCCAUGGUGACCAACUUUGUUUAUCGCUUUGGAGUAAAUCCAAAUAAAACUGACAUUGAAAGGUGACUAGAAACCAUGCCACCCCCGGAGGCGGCUGAAUGUUGCGUGGCACACGCUCACGUCCCUUUGGUGCUGAGUCGUCCCACUCUUGAGCGAAUAGAAGCGAAUGCCGACGUGCGUGGACGACAGAUGGAGGCGGCUGAGGCCCGUAAGCGGCGGCAGGAGGCCGACAGGGCGGCCACCGCGGCCACAACAGCCGCAAUGGCCGGCACGACGGCCAAAUUGGCAGAGGCCGCUAGGAUGGAGGCCGAGAGGGCUCUACGCGAGACGCAGAGAAGAGAGGCGGCGGAGGCGGUCAGGGCGAGACAGGAGCUGCGCGAGCGGGCUGCUGAGGAGGCGGCACGGCAGCUUACUCUCGCCUUUCGGUCGCGAGACGCAGUCAAGCAGCUUGACGCUGCGCUAGGCGCCGUGUAUGCGCUCGAGCAACGCAAAGAACAAAUGGAGGUACAAGAGCGGCAAAAGAAGGAGGAAAUGGAGCGAGAAAGGGAGCACCAGCGUCUGGUCCAGGAACGCACUAAACUGGAAAGGGAGGCGGACAUAGCUAAAAAAAGAGAGGUGCAACGGAGAAAGCAGAUCUUGAGACGAGAUUUACUUGCACAAAUAAACGAAAAGCACAAAAAAAGACGUGAAGAAAAGUUUGAAAGAGAAGCAGAGAAACAGAAAAAUAAGGAGGAGCAAGAAAAAUCGCAGGAAGAGAGACAGAAAGAGAAGGAAAAUGAAAUGGAGAAAAGAAAAAAACUGCUUGAGGAAGAAAUGCGGCUGAUUUCUGAAGAGAAAAUACGGAAGAAGGAUUAUAUAGAAAGAGAGGAAAGAGAGAGGAUGGUUUGUCUUGCAUAUGAAGAUUUUAAAAGUGAGAUCAAGCAGAAAUUGGACCAAAUUCAAAAAGGGAGAGUGCGUUUCGAUAAAAGCAAGCAUGUCGGCAAAAAAAUCAUAGAUGCUCAAAAAAUGCGAGAUGCCAAAUUCGAAAAUCGGUUUUCAAAAACUUCAAGCGAACGAGUACAGCGGGAGAGGCAAAAGUUAGCAGAGGCAGAAGCGCGAUGGGUUGAGCGUCGUCGCCGCGCCGUUGAACACCGAGACCACCAGCUAGAGGCUGCAGAGGAAUGGCGAAGGAGACAGAAGGAGGAGAACGAAAGAGAGAACGCCUUUGACUGGAGACUGCAGCAGCAGAUAACAAACGAGUGGAAGCGGCUCAGGGAGGCAGAACGGAGGCGGCAGCAGGUCGAAAACCGACGAGCCUAUGAUAAGCAAAUGGCCGAGGAAGCGGCGAACCGCGCGUGGGAGGAUGCAGUGGACGCGGCGGAGGAGGCCGACCGCAGGAUGAGAUUUCAGCAGGAGGACCAAGACGUUCUGCAGCACGCGCAGCAAGCUUUGGAACAGUGCAGGCUAGGCGGCGGGCCUGUGGAGCCCAUCAAGCGAGCAAUCGCAGAUUUUAAGAAACGGAAAGGCCUUGGCCCUCGCCCUGCACUGCGGGCUUCGGUGCUGGCCCACCUGGACGUCGGUCUUGACCUUGACCGGGUCAAAGAUCAUCUCGAUUACUACCUCGAGCACAGUAACUUACGGGAAUUAGAGUAA